AUGGCCUGGGACUCCCUGUGCAGCAGGGACUUACUGCGCCCCACGAUAAGGAGUGCCUCAAGCCGGACACCGGGCAGCCAGCGCAGCGCCGAAACACCGUCCCUGGAGGAGCUGCGGCGCCUGCUCUGGACACGCGGACACCCCACGGGGCAUGUGGACGAAGUCUGGCCAAACCUUUACGUGGGAGACCUGUACGUCGCUCGUGACAAAGCACAGCUGAGCCGAAUGGGCAUCUCCCAUGUUGUGAAUGCUGCUGCUGGGCGAUUUCGCAUUGACACUGGACCCAAGUUCUACAAAGAUCUGCUGGUGGAUUACUAUGGUGUAGAAGCAGAGGACAACCCAAACUUUGAUCUCAGCAUUUACUUCUACCCCGUUGCUCAAUACAUAAGAGCAGCACUGAAUUCCUCAAGAGGGAAAGUACUAGUUCACUGUGCCAUGGGAAUCAGUCGAUCUGCAACUCUUGUCCUCGCUUUCUUAAUGAUCUGUGAAGAUAUGUCCCUCACUGACGCAAUUCGGGCUGUGCGCUCACACAGAGGCAUCUGCCCCAACUCCGGCUUCCUCAAGCAGCUUCGGGAGCUGGAUCUCCAGUUACGAAGGAGGAAAAGCAGAGGAGCAGAGGCCUGUUAG